GACCGUCCGACCCGCCGCGGCCGCUAUCGCGAGCCCAACAUGGCAGGAGCUGGAGGAGGAAAUGACAUUCAGUGGUGUUUUUCUCAGGUGAAAGGCGCUGUAGAUGACGAUGUAGCAGAAGCGGAUAUAAUUUCUACAGUAGAAUUUAACCAUUCUGGAGAGUUGUUAGCAACAGGAGACAAAGGAGGUAGAGUUGUCAUCUUUCAACAGGAGCAGGAGAACAAAACCCAGUCUCACAGUAGGGGAGAAUACAAUGUUUACAGUACCUUUCAAAGCCAUGAACCAGAGUUUGACUACUUGAAAAGUUUAGAAAUUGAAGAGAAGAUCAACAAAAUUAGGUGGUUACCCCAGAAAAAUGCUGCUCAGUUUUUAUUGUCUACAAAUGAUAAAACAAUAAAGUUAUGGAAAAUCAGUGAAAGGGACAAAAGACCAGAGGGUUAUAAUUUAAAGGAAGAAGAUGGACGGUAUAGGGAUCCUACUACAGUUACAACACUACGGGUGCCAGUAUUCAGGCCCAUGGACCUCAUGGUUGAAGCUAGUCCACGAAGAAUAUUUGCCAAUGCUCACACGUAUCACAUCAAUUCCAUCUCCAUUAAUAGCGAUUAUGAAACAUACUUAUCUGCAGAUGACUUGCGGAUUAACCUGUGGCACCUAGAAAUUACAGACAGAAGUUUUAAUAUUGUAGAUAUUAAGCCUGCCAACAUGGAAGAGCUCACAGAGGUGAUAACAGCUGCAGAGUUCCACCCAAACAGCUGUAAUACAUUUGUAUACAGCAGCAGUAAAGGAACGAUUCGUCUCUGUGAUAUGAGAGCAUCAGCACUCUGUGACAGACACUCAAAAUUGUUUGAAGAACCAGAAGAUCCUAGCAACAGAUCAUUUUUCUCUGAAAUCAUCUCUUCCAUAUCUGACGUCAAAUUUAGCCAUAGUGGUCGAUAUAUGAUGACUAGAGAUUACCUGUCAGUGAAGAUCUGGGAUUUAAAUAUGGAAAAUAGACCUGUGGAAACAUACCAGGUGCAUGAAUACCUCAGAAGUAAACUUUGUUCACUGUAUGAGAAUGAUUGCAUUUUUGACAAAUUUGAAUGCUGUUGGAAUGGAUCAGACAGCAUUGUCAUGACGGGAUCUUACAACAACUUCUUCAGAAUGUUUGACAGAAACACAAAGCGAGACAUCACCUUAGAGGCAUCCCGGGAAAACAAUAAACCCCGUACCGUUUUGAAGCCUCGCAAAGUAUGCGCAAGUGGUAAGCGAAAGAAGGAUGAAAUCAGUGUUGACAGCCUAGACUUCAACAAGAAGAUUCUACACACGGCCUGGCAUCCCAAGGAAAACAUCAUUGCUGUAGCUACUACAAACAACUUGUAUAUAUUUCAAGACAAAAUGAAUUAGGGUUGGCAUUCCUAACCGAAGAGUCCACUUCCUGCAUAGUUGAAAUAGUUGAAUCUAGCAUUUGUACCUGUAAACGAAAGAGAAUGAGAGGUCCAUUAUGGCACCCCUUUCCAGUGUUUAAAAUGUGCCAUAUGACAACACACUUUUAUAGCUACAUGGAGAAAGCUCUGUUGAUCCCUCACUGCGUUCUUCUCCAUGUCUGCUAGCCAUUUAGGUGAGGAUAGGGCACUUUUUAAUUUAAAUGACUACUUGCACCAUCUUGCCUAAUGGACUAGAUUGGACUGUAUCAACAUCGGUUUACUCCACUUUUUAUGCCUUCCAUUGUGAUGACGUCAAACACAGGGAAAGCCUUCAAUCAUGCUAUGGGAUUUAAUUGUGUAACCUCAUUACUGUAUCAUUUGUGGCCCCCUUUUUUUAUUAAAUACAGCUCAUUCUUGC